AUGAGCAUAUGUAAUCUGCAUCAAUAUAGCGAGUUGCAGGGUUCAAAAGUCAACAAACUGCAGAUGGUUGGGGAAAUGAAGAAUGACUCAGGGAAGGUGACACAAGACAUGGAUCAAGGACACUGUGAAUCCAGUACCACUUUAACUUUGGUGAACGAUUUAAAUAAAUUAAUGAGCAAUGUUUGUGUAGAUAGCGCUACUUGGGCUUCAUUGGUCAACAAUAUAAAUAAAAUUAAGAGUGUUGUUGAGUCUUUGUCAAACAGGCUUGAAGGUCUGGACACUUGUGUACAAACUAUUGAAAAGGGUUUGAAAAAAUAUAACCGAGAGCCAGAUCCUGAGUUUCGUUUAGAUCUGAAGCCUGCUUCUUUGAAUCCAAUUGAUCUUCUACCAUCUUUCCCUGACAAGUUUGAUCUAAAUGUUUAUUGUAAUUGGGUAAAGAGAGUAGAAACAAUUUUUAGCUAUUAUUUUUUUUCAGAGGAUGAAAAGGCCGAACUUGUAGCCCGCAAAUUGCCACAUGAAGGAGAGGCUUUCAGAUGGUGGCAAGGUAUCCAAAAUAAAAGCAUGCAAGUCGAUGAACGCCCGUUUGAUUGGAGUGAGUUGAAGUUGCUGAUUUUGGCUGAAUUCGUUUCUCCAAAAUGUUUGGAAGCCAACAAGAAAUUCAAGACAUCCUUGUAA